AUGCAGGCCAUUUGCUACAGUGAUGCCAGCUCCGACGAGGAGAGUGGCUACGAUUGCAAAUCAAGCGGUGGCCAUGACUUGUCAAACACGGAGGAAAAGGAAGGCUUGAUUGGAGGGGACGAGGACAACCACCACGAAGGACAGUGUGGCAAGGUUGCAGCCAGGGUGAUCUGGAAUUCUCGCUAUUGCGUGGUCAUUUGCUGGCCACUACUCGCACUGAUUAUGGCGCCGUUUGCGUACAAAUUGGUGAUCAACGCCCUUCCAUUGCCGAAGACCGCGCCGCAUGGCACUGCGUCUUUUGAGGCAGAGGAGCUCUUCGAGGUGAAGUUCCCGUACUUGGUGGGUAUGAAGAUGGAGAUGAUUGUUCUCAAGUGCACACCACACUGCCCAACUGCUGUGUCCCUGGAAAGUGAGGCGUACGUUGAGCAGCUACGGGACAUGGUGAUGAACUUCGGAAACGACUAUCCCGGGACUGUCAUUGACAUCCGUUCGUACUACACUUUCGGUGACAAGAUCGAUGAAAAUCCCAUGCUGGCCCACGACCAGCAAAGUAUUCUGUUCGUUUGGAGCUGGCGGGUGAAUGGCACCAUGAAGCUGAUUGCCCAGGACUUCGCAAAGCGAGUCAGCACGAAGAUCGAUUUCAUGAAUGCUGAGCAGGUCAGAGGUGUCCCAGGACAGGUCGCCUAUGACAUUGCUGUGACAGGACCGACGUUCUUGAACAUUGCCAUGAAGGAAACGGUACUGCACGAGGUUCCCAUACACGAGAUUGUGACGCUUCCGCUUCCGUUUGCUAUUCUAGCAUUGCGCCUCCAAAGUGCAAGGCUCCUUUUGCUUGCGCUGUGCUCCAUGCCCAUUUCCAUCCUGAUCUCCUUCGGUUUCAUGUACUUCGUCUCCCUGCACCUUCCCGUGAUCAUGUACGCUCUGAUUAUGAUGCUCAUGCUGUGCACGGCUCUAUCUUUCGAUUAUUCCCUUUUUACAAUGACACGAUUCGCGGAAGAGCGCAAGCAUGGGGCUACCAUGGAAGAAGCCAUUGAGAAAGUUAUCACGCAGAGUGGCCAUGUGGUCAUGGUAUCGGGCUUGGUCUUGACAAUCGCUUAUGGAGCAAUGCUGGUGCUUCCAGGCGCCUUCAAAAGCUUUUGCGUGGCUGCAUGUGCCAUGAUUCUGUGCAGCAUUGGAGUGCAGCUGACAUUUGUGCCCUGCGUCCUCGGCAUUUUUCCGUGGCUGGGCGCGGGCUUCGAGCCUACCGAAGAGGAUCGCCAGGCGGAGCUACUAGAAGAUAUUGAUGCCAUGGAAAAGGGCGAAAUGGACAUGGACGAGGAUGACGAGUUCGCAAGCCCUGCAAAACGCAAAGCGUAUGCCCGAGUGCAGCCUUUUCGCUCAGGGGUGUACUAUGAGAUCGGAGGCUUGCUGACAAGGUGCCCAAUGAACAUCUUGGUGCCGCUCUUGAUUUAUGCCGGUAUGACUCCGUUUACACUUCGCGUCACGCAGUACAAGAUGGGCCAUGCUUAUGAGCUUCAAGUCCCUCGUGGUCGCCCCGAGUGGGCGACUUCACUUCAGAUUCAGCGGGACUUCCCCCCGAGCGUGGGCUGCAUGAUGCCAACGUUGAUCAUCGCGACGAAUCGGGUGCAGGAUGAAUUGUCACCCAAAGACAGAUACGCGCUGGUGGGACCAGAAGAUCUGGACGCCACAGGCGCCGGCAACGAUUCUGAGCUGGUCGAAAUCACGACCGAGGCUCCACUGGAUGUGAGAGGACAGGCUUUCUUCGACGAAAACUGCAGAAUGGUGGACUCGCUCAUUGAGGCUUCUGAGAACCACUCCUUUGCUUUGGACUCGGAUGACUUUCAGUCUCCAACCUUCUACGGCUCCCAUGAGAACGGAAAAGUGAAGUGCUUGAACUACCAGCUCACACACUACUACCGUGCCAACUAUUUCACGCAGAAGUUCAUGUUCACGUCCAGGCUUAUGCAAAAGCUUUGGGAUCAACUGGUGAGCUCGGAGCGUGAUGCCAUGCUCACCUUGUUGACCCCCAAGAUGGAUCCCUUCAGCGCGGAAGCUUUCAACAUGACAAAGGAGAUCCGGCACAUGCUGCACAAUGCCAGCGAAACCGCAAGGAACCUUGGCUUCCCGGGUAUUACCUAUCGCAUGUUCUCGCCAACAGCAAUCAUGAUGGACAUGAUCGAAGUUACGCACGAUCGGCUCUUCGUGGCCUUCCUGGGCUGUGCUAUGGUUUGCUUUAUUCUCAUUGCUAUCUCGUUUCAUGCAUGGCUAAUCCCUUUCAAGCUGCUCUUCACUGUGAUUCUGCCGAUCACAUGGACCUACGGAGCAGCGCUGUAUGUCUACGAAGACGGCUACUUGGAAUUCAUAGGCCUCCCUGGCCUUUCUCCUACGUACAUUACGAACAGUGGGCCUGCAGGCUUGGACUGGACGGUCCCCAUGUUCACUCUUACAAUAAUGCUGGGCCUGGCCCUGGACUACGACGUCUUUCUGUUUGAGCGUGUCUGGGAGUUCCGCGCGCAGGGCUUUGGCGACAACGAAUCGGUUCAGCUGGCGCUCUCGGCGACUGGGCCAACGAUCACUUCGGCAGGGCUCAUUUUUGCCUUCACCUUCACAAGCAUGAUGUUGGGCAGCAUGGCGAUCACGAAUCAGAUGGGCUUCAUCUUCAUUUUCAGCAUCGUUGUGGACACCUUCGUGGUCCGCACAGUGCUGGUGCCAGCCAUGCUAUCUCUGAACCCUUGCCUGAAUUACUGGCCCUCUAAAAUGCCGGAGCCAAAGUACACUUGGCUGCACCACUGCAGUGCGUUGAAGCAGAGCAGCGUUGGAACAACUAGCUUGCUGGGCUUGCUGCCUGCCUCUGCCUCGUCUGCUGUGCUUCCAUAUGCGAUGCAGGGCCCGAAUGGGGAAGCAAUGUCUUUCUAUGGCUUCUUGGCACGACCGGUCCACGUGUCUGGGAUCGCAUAG